UACUUGGUCUUUAAAUUAAAAAACUAAAAAAUAGUAUAAAAAUCUCAAAACCCCACCAUUUGUUCGAUCGUUCGCCCGGAAUAUAUUGAAAACAACGAAUCAGUGGCACGGUGGGACAUCAGAAAUGCCGCCAGAGCCCCCUCCUUUCCAGGAAGCAGCACGCUGCGACGUUUGCAAAUGCAGCUUCAACACUUUCCGGCGUCGGCAUCAUUGUCGAUGUUGUGGCAGGACCUUGUGCCAUGAACAUUCUGCGAAUCAAAUGGCUUUACCGCAAUUUGGCAUUCACACCGAUGUGAGAGUUUGCGCUGAUUGUUUUAAUAAUUCUUCUCGAGCUGCAAAUGAUAAUCUUCAGACUUCUCCAGAUGGAAUUAAUCCUGUAACAGAUACAUUCGCUAGAUUAGACAUAGGUGCUGAUGUGGAUGAAAAGAUGGAGACAGUGGUGGAGCAUCACCCUGUUUCAGGCGUUGUAGAGUGCAAGUGUGGUAUGCCGUUGUGCAUUUGUGAAGCUCCAGCUCCAGCUCCAGCCCCAGCCCCAGCCCCAUCCACUGACGCACGUCCCCUGCCGAUGAAAAACGCUUCUAGCUCUACGGCUCAGUCAAAUCCGAAGCCAAAAAAGACAGACACUGUUCCAAGAAAUAGAGGUUCCACCUCAAACAGCAAAUUUAGUUCUGUUUUCAAUCCUGGUCAAGUGACGCAUGUUGCCAUGGAUACUCCUCAGAUGGAUUAUGAUGUCAACGGAGAGGGUUUAAGAGAAGCUAUAAAGAAUGGAGAUACUGCUGCUGUCAAGAAGCUACUGAGUGAGGGCGUGGAUGCAAAUUUUCAUGACAAACAAGGAAUGUCUCUGCUACAUCUAGCGGCACUUUUUAAUCGAACUGAUAUAGCUUUUAUCCUCAUGGAAUGUGGAGCAAGCAUGGACUACAGGAAUGCACAAGGGGAAACACCUCUGGAUUGUGCUCCAGCCACUUUGCAGUACAAAAUGCGUCAAAAGAUCGAAGAGAAACAACUGUGAACAAGCCACAACAACAUGAGAGAAAUUGGUUACGCAAGUUGUCAGUUUCGCUCAUGGAAUCGUUGUAUACAAGUUCUGCCUGGAUUUUUAUGAUAUACAGAUACAGGCGCAACUCCUGGAGUGUGAAUCAGAGUUCAUUUCCAAGGUAAUAAAAAAAAGUUAUCAAUAUUCCUGCGGCAAAGGAGCAAAUAUUUGUGCAUGACUUUAAGUGUGUAGUGGAUGUGUGAAAUAAUUUUUUAAGCUUGACUUUGUAUAUACAGAUAAGGUGGAACUUAUAUGAGGCUGACCGCCCCUUAUCAUUUAUAUUUUUGAUAUUAUUCUAUCCUUUAGAAAGUAUCAUCUUCAUCUGGA